GGGUGAUGUGGCUGGGGUUUCGCCGGCCUCACUAUGUCUGCCAUUUUCAAUUUUCAGAGUCUGUUGACUGUAAUCUUGCUGCUUAUAUGUACCUGUGCUUAUAUCCGAUCCUUGGCACCCAGCCUCCUGGACAGAAAUAAAACUGGGUUGUUGGGUAUAUUUUGGAAGUGUGCCAGAAUUGGUGAAUGGAAGUGUCCUUAUGUUGUGGUAUGCUGUAUUGUGAUGGCCUUCAACAUCCUCUUCAUACAGUAGCUUGGAAAAAUGCCAGAAUUCAGUCGCAGUCAGAUUUAAAUAUGAAAAAACAAAAGGACUUAUCUGCAGAAAAUAAUGGAAAGAAUGGUUAACCCUUUUAUCUCUGAACAUUGAAUGAGAUAAAUUUUCAGCUGCUGUUCUCUGUUUUUGUUAUUGGAC